ACAACCUUAUUUAUACAUGUAUCCUUCUAAUUGAAGUCCCUCUACAUUCCCCUACUUCAGAAACAUGGGAGUUAUUGAAAUUCUUUUCCUUCUUAUCACAAUCUUCUCCACUGUCCAUGCUGGUAAUGAGAAUAUUUGUCCUACUUCAUACUGUGACAGCCUCCCCAUAAAGUUUCCUUUCAAAGUAAAAACCGAACAGACCCAAGAUGGCUGUAACUAUAUCAAUCUCACUUGCAAUGCAACUCUAGAUCCUAUUGGGACAGCCCUUGCAACUCUUCCUUAUGCUGGAGAUUUCUAUGUACGUUUCAUAGCGUACUAUAGUAAGUACAUACAACUCUAUGAUCCUGGAAAGUGCCUUAUAGGACGGCUGAUGAAGUUGAACCUCUCGUCGUCUCCAUUUACUGCCAUUGCUCAUGAGACCUACAAGUUUUACACAUGUCCUUUCGACUCGGACAUAAUAAACUUAUUUGUUUACCCAAUUGAUUGCCUUAGCAACGCCACGAAUGUCACAGUUGCUACUGCUUUUGUUUCAUCGGAAGACAUGUUAGAUUAUGGUUGCCAGCUUAUUGGCAGUUGGCUGCUCCCCGUUUUAUUGCCAGGUCAGUUUGAAUUCGAAGGAAUUUAUGGUGAUCUUUACUUGACGUGGAACUCCAUUAGUUGCUUAGCUUGUGAAGAUCAAAAUGAUCCCCCGGUACAUAAAGAUAAAAAACACAAGGGUAACUUGUGGACCCAGUUUGUUAAUUCACCCUAUUGCGUUCCAUCCUUUGUGACAAUGGCCAUAAUAUUUGUAAUCUGUUUGUUGAGCCUCACACACUCGCUAGCUGGGACAAAUGAGACCAAUUCCAGCUCGCCCACGGCAGAUGUACUUCCGGUAUCUGCCACAGACACUGCAGCAGCAGCACCACCACGCGCCACGAAUGGAGGAAUGGAUGAAUUCAAAAUCAGUGCUUGCACAGAGUUGGUGGCUCUUGGUGAAAGCAGAACAAAUUCAGAACCUGAUUCUAAUACCUGUCCUAUAUGCUUAGAUAGCUAUUAUCCAAAAGAGAUGAUAAGAUGCAUUGCGAAAUGUGAUCAUUGCUUCCAUGCAGAGUGUAUUGAACUGUGGUUAAGAAAUAGCAGAACCUGUCCGGUUUGCAGAACAAUCCUUUCUGACAGCGACUUAUAACAAUGUUUCACGACCGGAUUUUUUAUCUUUUACAUUGUUUCUUUUGUGCCAGCUACAAGCAUACCUAAGCAUGAUGAAAAAUAUCCAA